AUGGCGCGAUUCAGCCUCCUGCCAGCCCUGGCCUCCGUGCUUCUGGCCUCGCGGACGCUGGCAGCUACCGUGACGGUCAACUGGGACAUCACGUGGGUCAAUGCCGCGCCCGACGGCUUUUCCCGGCCCGUCAUCGGCAUCAACGGCGCCUGGCCGUGCCCCACGCUCGAGGCCACCGCCGGCGACAUCAUUCAGCUCACCAUCAACAACCAGCUGGGCAACGAGACGACGGGCCUCCACUUCCACGGCAUCGACCAGGUGCAGACGCCGUGGAUGGACGGCCCCAGCGGCGUAACGCAAUGCCCCGUCCCGCCCGGCUCGUCGAUUACGUAUACGUUUGUGGUCGGUCUCUGCCCCUUUCUAUCCGGUGACGGCGGUUUCGCGGAGCACGACAUUUUCUAA